AUGGAAGUAUUAAAGAAAUCUUAUGACGAAGAAACUAUUGAUAAAUAUCAAAUUAAGAAGUCACUCAAAUAUUUUAAGAUAGUCAAGAACACUACACUAACUGUUGGGAUUGGAUCCAUCAUUUCAAUCAAUCUCGGAUCACUCAUCAAGAUCCUCUUUUAUUUUCAAAUGAGCUUUCCUGUUUAUAGUCCAUUUGAAGCUGAACAUUUCAACAUUUAUUUAUUUCCAUUCGCAUAUUUAUGGACAUUCUUCACAUAUGGCUACAUCAUUUUCUCAACUUUAUUCGUUGAUUGUGUAUUUUAUACACUAAUCAUUGUACUGUCUAUAGAUUUUCAAAUGUUAAGUGCUGACUUCAAGGCAAUCUGUAAAGGCAAUGAAAUUUGUCAGGAAAUCAAGUCACUCAUCCAGCGACACAAUGAACUAUUUAUGAUUAAGGAUGAUUUGGAAAAUAUUUUCUCGGUUUUAAUUUUUGGCGACAUUCUUUCGAAUUCCUUUUCCGCUUGUUUCACUGCAUUUCAUGCAACAAUUACAAUUGAAAGUACAGGCAUGAUUGAAGAACUAUUUUUUUGUUCUGCCUUAUUGUUUCUAAUACUUCUUCAAUGUUUCUUUGGUCAAAUGCUAAAGGAUGCAAGCGAGAGUGUUGUUAUUGGGAUUUAUGAGUGUGGAUGGGAGGACAUAAGAGAUUAUCAGGUCAGAAAGAUCAUUGUGUCCAUCAUACAGCGAUCACAAAAGCCCGAAUGUUUGACAUACUUGAAGUUUGGCGAUGUAACGCUAAAGCAAUUCACAACGGCAAGUGAUAAAUAA